AUGAAUACCACAAAUAGAACACUUAAUCAAAAAGAAAGAUAAUUAGAAAUUUUGAUACUGAGCCAAUUUAAAUAUAGAUUAUAAUCUCUAAAAAAGAAUGAAUCAGUAUUACAUCACCCUCUCUCAGGAACAGUGAAUUUGAGCAGUUUUUUAAAUAUAUUGCAAUGGAGAAACCUAUCAAUAAUUUACAUUUAAAACGCAGAAAACAGAGAAGUUUCAAAACACACAAGAUGCCAGAAGAUGAAGAGAUGGAUGAAGAGGAUGUGAUAUUAGAUACCUGCGUUUUACUUAAUAGUGGACAGAUCUCAAAGACUGAAGUCAGUAUUGAACAAAAGGAGCCAGUAUGGGUGACUGCUGUACAAAUGUUCGUCCCAUUCAUUGUGGCUGGGUUUGGAAUGGUUGCAGCAAGUUUGUUAUUAGAUAAGGUACAGCAUUGGCCAGUAUAUAAAGAUGUUAGCGAGGUGUAUAUCCUAGUACCUGCACUUCUGGGUCUCAAAGGAAACUUGGAAAUGACAUUAGCGUCUCGACUGUCAACACAUGCGAAUUUGGGACAUCUCGAUACACACCAUCAGAAAAUCGCUUUGAUCGGAGGAAAUCUUGCCUUAAUAUUGUGCCAAGCCAUUGUAGUAGGAUUCUUAGCCUCAGUAGCAGCGGUGAUAUUCGGUUGGGUUCUAAGUGGGGACAUCAAUCUCAAACAUGCUCUUUUGUUGUGUGCCAGCAGUAUCGUCACUGCUUUUGGGGCCAGUUUUAUUUUAGGUUUGGUAAUGGUUGUUGUAAUUAUUGUUUCUAGGCAUUUUCACAUUAAUCCUGACAAUGUCGCUACUCCUAUAGCAGCAAGUUUAGGAGACUUAACAACUUUGGCGUGUUUGUCAUGGUUAGCUUCAGUUUUUUACCAUACUAUGGAUACACAUCCGUACUUAACAUCAAGCUCUAUUGUGAUUGGGCUGCUAAUGGUGCCUCUUUGGGCUUGGUUAGCCAGCCAAAAUGAAUUUGUAAACAAAGUCCUCUUCAGUGGUUGGAGUCCCGUCGUAACAGCUAUGAUAAUUAGCAGUGUCGGUGGACUUAUUUUGGACUUUACAGUUUCCCAAUUUAAGGGAGUAGCUGUAUUCCAGCUUGUUAUAAACGGAGUUGGAGGGAAUCUGGUUGCAGUACAAGCCAGUAGGAUAUCUACUGAGUUGCACAGUAUUGCACAACCAGGGUACUUACCACCACAUAUGCAAGUAUGCUUAAGCCCUUGUUCGGCUUUUUGUGAUAAAAAAGAAACAAGCCAUGCGGGUACCGCACAAAUGUUGAUGCUGAUGGUGAUACCUGGGCACCUCAUUUUUUCUUAUACUAUAAGUUAUCUCGAAGCAGGUCAUACUUCAUUUACAGUUAUUUUUAUGACGAUUUACUUAGCCGCUGCUCUAUUGCAAGUGUUUUUGUUGUUAUACAUCGCCCAAAUUAUGACUCUCAACAUGUGGAAAUUAGGAAUUGAUCCUGAUAACUCCGCUAUACCUUAUUUAACGGCCAUAGGAGACUUACUAGGAACAAUGCUCCUAGCACUAGCUUUUCACUUACUCUUCCUCAUUGGAGAUAGAGAUAGUGACGUUGGUGAUUAAAGUGAUGUUACAGAUUUUCCAGGGUGGAUUGUGCAAAUCCCAUACUUGGGGCCAUAAUCUUAUAUUUAUUGUGAUUAUAUUUUAUUGUACAAAUCAUAUUAAAUUUAUAGGUGCUAUAGGAAAUUAUUUAAAAUAAAUUUUUAUUGAACACAA